AUGGCCGCCGCCCGUGGGAGGCGGGGCGCUGGAGCCGCGGGGCGGUCCGCCCGCCACCCGGUAACCCGCCCUCCGGCCCCGGGCCCCGACCCCCAGUCCCCGACCUCGGCCCCCUGGACCGCGACUCUCCCGGCGACCCCGGACUCCAGCCCUGACCUCCGGGCUCGGACCCCGCCCGCGGACCCCCGACCCCUCCCUCUGGACCCGCACCUCGCCCUCCGGACCCCGCCCUCCGACUCGGACCCGGACCCAAACGCCAGCUCCCAGGCCCCUGAUCCCAGCCCGGCCCUCCGGACCCAGACCCGGACCCCGCCCUCCGACUUGGACCCGGACCCCAACACCAGCUCCCAGGCCCCUGAUCCCCGCCCGGCCCUCUGGACCCCGCCCUCCGGACCCCGCCCUCCAACUUGUACCCGGACCCAAACACCAGCUCCCAGGCCUCUGAUCCCAGCCCUCCGGAUCCCGACCCGGACCCCGACCCAAACACCAGCUCCCAGGUCCCUGGUUCCUGUCCCGCCCUUUGGACCCCGCCCUCGGACUUGGACCCGGACCCAAACACCAGCUCCCAGGCCCCUGGUCCCUGCCCCGCCCUCGGACCCCGCCCUCGGACUUGGACCCGGACCCAAACACCAGUUCCCAGGACCCUGAUCCCCGCCCCGCCCUCCGACCCCGCUCCCGGGACCCCGGCCUUCCGCAGCCCUACGCGCGUUCCCCGGAGAUACGUGGACCUUAGGCGGAUGAGGAGGCUCCCACAAGAAGCGCGGACGGGGAAGAACACGUCUUUUCCACUCUCUGGGUCUCCAUUCUAAGUUUUCCAUUGGUUUCCGGAGAUGACACGUAGACAUUUGUUCUCGUGUCGAACUGCCACAACUGAUAAGAUGCCCGAAAGUGAUCAGAAUACUCCAGGUUUGUUUAUAACCAGCUGGGGCGCAUCCAGAAGAGGCUGCGGAUUUACAGGCGAUGUGUGCUAGAAGGGAAGCUGGAAGGGGAGCCCUCAAAGGCCUGGUUCUUUGGCCCAGACUAAAAUGAGCGCCGAAAGGACGAACAGGCGGUGGUUUCAUGUCGCUAAGUAUUUGUAAAAUCCAAACUAAAAUUACAUUUCCUAUCUGAAAGAUGAGAGAGUUAUCCUGCUACCACCCACACAAUUGAAUUUAAAAAAAUUAGCACAAGACCAGGAGGUAAUUUCAGGUGUUAGAAUUAAAUUAACACCACUCCUGACUCCCACCUUUCGCCUGUGUUUCAGGCUUGAAGAGUAACCGUUUUGUAAGUGUUCUUCACUUUCUGCGGAACUGGGGCAGGAAUUGAUCCCUGAGAACAGGAUUAGAUUGUUGAGUGGCACAGGAGAAGGAUGACCCUGGACCAGCACCACCCCUUUUUUGGCAUUUGCAUUUACCUUGCAACCCUGUAAUCAUAUUUGGAUUCUCUUGGUAGGUGCUGUUUGAAACGACCCUAUUGGUCCUUUGUAAAUCUCAUAGUGAAUUAAUAAAUUGGAAUCCUGUUUUGCAAAUCAGUUUCCUUUGUGUUUGAAUA